CAACCCAUGCAACGCAAAGGAAAACACUUGAACUUGCUUGGAUUCAUCAGAUCAUUUUAUUAUUAUUAUUCCACAGCAGUGCAACACUCAGCACUUCUUGGUUGGGUCUGUUUAAAUAAUAAACGUUAAAAAAUAUACACAAAUACAAAACAGCCCUUGUACCCUCAACCUCUACCUGUGUACACUUAGCUUACGUCCCGGCCAUGUGGCGUAGGAACUUAUUAAUGCGUGGUUUAAAUACUUGCAUAGUUUCGACCCGAGGAAUUUGUUCAUUAGGAUUAUUCUGUGCAGUGGACGUACGUAUCAAAGUCUGACAAUGAGUCAACAAAAGUGAUGUAGACAAAAUAACAGUUUAUUUCAGUUCCUUCUUCUGACGAUGACAUCUGCUUUAUCUUGAGAGGAAUUUCAAAUUACUUCUUGGUCAGGCCAUAUUCAGAUUGUCACGUUUCUAGUUAAUUCCGGGGAAAGUGCAACUAUCAGUGCUGCAUCAUUCACUAAACGAAGCUCGGACGCCAAGAUACAGAUUGAUACCUAAGCUCUGCACCCAGUGAUUUUCCGGGGAAAAUUCAUGAUUUUUUAUUCCGUUUACAAAUUGUGGAAAAAUGACGGACGCUUUUUCGUGCGCCCUAUGUUUGGAACUUUAUUCUGAUAACGGAGAUGAAGAUUAUUUCGUUUCGACGGACUGCGGGCAUGUUUAUCACUUCAUGUGUUUGAAACCAUCAUAUGACAACGGAUACAAUUUCUGUCCAGUGUGCAGAACUGAGCUGAACCUUGACAAACUGAGAAAACUGUAUGGCUUAGCUCCCAAGCAAAAAAAGAAGUUCCCAUUGCUAAACUUCCAACUUUCUCCGCCACCUUCCGCACCACUCCCAUCUCUCACCGAUGAGGUCAACAAGGAAUUUGACUACAAGUUCAAAAUUAUACUGGUUGGUGACGCAGGCGUUGGGAAAUCUAGUCUAUUGCAGCGAUAUUCGGAUGACCUGUACAGCGCAAAAGCGGUCACUACAGUCGGAUGUGAUUGGCGCUCAAAGUCCCUCAUUGUUGGAGGAAAAUUUGUAAAUUUAAGCAUUUGGGACACAGUGGGGCAAGAGCGUCACCGAUCUCUGGUCACAAACUAUGUCCGAGACGCUCAUGGGGCUCUAAUCUGCUACGAUAUUACAAAUGAAGACAGUUUCACUGAAAUUGAAUACUGGUGGAAAUUUGUCAAGGAUAACGGUUUAAGUGACUGCGCUAGAAUAUUGGUUGGAACAAAAACUGAUUUGGAUCAACAUAGACAAGUUCCCAAAUCAUCAGGAAAGGCAUUGGCUCAAAAACUCCGAAUUCCAUUUUUUGAAACGUCAGCAAAGGAUUCCUACAAUGUCGAAGCUACAUUUCGAACUCUGGCCGCAAAAAUCUUGGAGACUGACUCAUUACUUAAAGAAAUUGAAUACAGAAGGACGCAACAGGUCGGAACUCUUCGACUGUCAAGAGAUCAAACAGCUACCCUUGGACCAUUAGAAGGAGUUUGUUCAUAUAGUUGGCACUGGACAAAGGUUGGGGUGGUCGGAGCAGCAAAAGGGAUCAGAAAUGGAUGGAAUGCUAUCACGCUUUCAGAGUCUUCUUCUUCCUCCUCUUCACGGAAUAGAUCAAAUAAUAGUUAAUUGUUUAAGAAGAUUAUACAAAAUACACAAUACAACAAACUUUCCAAUUUAGGAUACGAAAAAAAAUAAUUUAAAAAUAACGCAUAAUAAUAAAGUUACCGAAUGACUGCAUGUAUGAGGUACGCAAAGAUUUUCUGUGUGUACAAGACACGUCUAUAUAAAUACGCAAAUAUGUUCCUGGAAAGAACGCUUGUAAUAUUAUUUAAGCAACUACCAGUAUUUACUUUGAUACUAAGGUUUUGUAGAUUUGUACUUUUAUUAAAUACAUCCGAUUCCAAUGUAA